AUUGGCUGAUCGGUGGCAUCAGCUGCAAGCAAGUGAAACGUACGCGUUGCAUGUUGCAGCUACAAGCAGCAUCGCUUGUAAUUAUCAUAAUGAGUUGACCGAAAAAUAUGCGAAAUUUUGUGAAAAAAUAAUAUUAUAUUUUUUGUUGGCGUAUGUACUUAGUGACCCAAUUUACAGUCAAUAAUUUUCGGUCGACGCUUGCCGCCUUCCCGCGACUGUUUUAUUUCUUUAGUCUUAAAUUUUAUUUUUAUAAUGUGUCUCGAUUUUCGUGCAUUUUUCAGUGUUAAUGACGUUUGAGUGAGUUAAAAAUCCUUUAAUUUAAGGAACUGAGACCGUGGAGAAUGUUUCUGAUUGCAGUGGGGUACUUCAUUCGUGCAUUUUUCAUGACAAUUGUGACGUUAAGCUUUGAAAACAUGCGUAAAAAUCAUUGGUGAACCAAUUGUUAGUGGCUAUGGUGUUCACAACCCCAACUGUGGGAAAGCAUCGUCUUCUGUUUUCUUAGAGAACAGUGGUAUUUGCUAAAAUUGGUGUACUGUGUUGUGAGUGUUACAUGAGGAAUACCAAAGAAGUCCAAAUUACAUUUUCUUGGAAGUGCUUAGAAUGAUGAUACAUAGUACAAACAGUUGAUUUGCUUCUCUUGUACAUAAAAGAUUUUAAUAGAAUGCGAUGUAUCUGUGGAAUUAAUUGUUAGUCUUCUGAGAAUACAAUGUGCCCUUUGUCAGUCAUUUGGAGGUUUAAAUCUUAAAGCAUUUGAUAAAGAACAAUGAGUUCAGUAAAUACUUCAUCAGGAGAGAACAGAGAUUCAGGACAGGAGAGACAUCCAAUGGAUUUAGCGUCCAAGAAUGCUUUGAAACCAGGAGAUUCUGUGAAAACAGUUGUAAGUACACAGCAACCUGUUCUUGGGAGCCAUGCCCGUGGCCCUUCAGCCACUCUGGGGCAUGUUCAGGGUAGGAUAUUAAGCUCGGGCAUCUCUACUGUGGGCCCUGUUCCUGUGUGUGUAACUACUUCCAACACCCAAGCCUCCACAAAACAAGGAGGUGGUUCCGGCAUGACUGAUCAAGGAGGAGGCCUAGCCAGUGUAGUUCUCAUGAGCGUCCCUCGGUCGGGGUUACCUGCAGCCGCGUCUGCUGCAAGUGGAGUAGCCUCCGUUGUUCAAAGCACAACAUCGGGGUCUCGUUCCUCCUCAACUCCUACAGUUUCUGCAACUACUACUUACCAUGUUCCAAGAGGUGCUGCUGCUGUUGCAAAUAUUGCUGCACCACGACCUGGUACAACUUCUCUGGGACGUCCUACCCCUGGCGCCACUGCAAUCACUCAUGCGUCCAAGUGGGUGCACAGAACGGAGGCGGGCAGGUCGGACACCAGAAAUUUGGUCACAGGGCUUAGGGGCAUUGUACCUCGUGCCUCAAGUCCUGCUACCACAUGGUUGGGAACUGUAUCUCAGUCAUCUGCCACUGGUGGUACUUCAAGACCACGGACUCCUACAGUGACAUCAAUGACUUCAUAUACACAGCCCCGUACUCCAACUCUGGCAGUUAACCCUUUGACUGCUAUGGCUGGGCCUAGACCACAUGCUGAACUUGAACAUCCAUGUCCUCUGUAUUUUGUCACUGUUGUAGUGACAUCGAGACCAGCUACCCCACAAGGGACUCGCGUACAAGUUCAGGCAGAGCCAUUACGGAGCCAGAAUCUGCAUUCAAACUUACAAAAAGUGCCCACAGUUCCCACUUCUCAGAACAUAUCUGUUGGAAGUGCUGCUGCUCAAGUGUUGGUGUCUCAACCUCGGACGCAGCAGCCCACUGCUCCAACUGCAUCUUCAAUUUCAUCUUCUGCUACUGUUGGGGCGCAAGUGGUUCCAGGAUCCACCACAAUCACAUCUUCUCCUUUGGUAGCUGUAUCUUCUGUAACCUCAGCUGCAAGUGGCACAGCCUCUCCAAGACCCGUGCAGGCUGCUCUUUUGAGUGCCACUCCUCGUUCGGCACCUGUUACAUCUAAUGUACGACCAGCAAAUUCUGUGAAUGCAACAGGCAAUCGAACAGGCACUGUGACUGCUACUGUAACAGCUGCAACAGCAACUUUGGCCCUAGCAGUUGGGACACAGGUGCGUCCCCGAUUGACCUCUUCUGGACCCAGCCGUUUGACAACUUCGGUUCCUGCCCCACGUUUGCUGACAACACCUGCUCGGCCAACUACUGCAACAGCUGCCACGGUUCUUCCCACUCAGGCUCGCUUGGGAGUCCCAGGAGCAGCUAGUGUCGUGUCACUUCACCCUGUUGUUGUCUCAGCAGGUGGUGGCCUGCCAUUGAAAAAUGCAUCCACUCGCCCCACCUUAGGGCCCAAGGUGAUUUCACAACCAAUGCAUGCUCCGGCAUCAAUUCAAAUUACUCAAAUGCCUGUUAAUGCUGUUCAAGCUCCCACAAAAUUACCAGCAGCUUCAACUGCAUUGUCUCAAGCACCUGCAACACGUACUGUGACAUAUUCGACUAAUGCUGCCAUGGUGACUGGUGGUGGGGGAAAUACUCGCCCUGUGAAUGUCACAACAUCUGCUCUUGCAAAUCCUGUUACGAAGGUUACCCUUCAUGCAGCUGUAACACAGCCCUCUGCCACCCAGCCAGUUUCUCAGCAGCCCCAGACUCAGCAGUCCUCACAACCGCAGACACAAGCCAGUGUGUGCAUUCAACACAGAGUCUCUCCAGCACCUUCUACUGGGACUACACCACUGGCAGUGGAACACACAGGUACAUCGGUUCUUUCAACAUACAAUAUUCCGGCCUAUUUGUAUGAACCUAGUGCUGGAGGAGGAGGCAGCACAUAUCAGGUGACUGGAGUGGUCGCUCGCCCAUAUCCAGCAACUGGAGGAAGCAAUGGGGCUCCUGGAGGAGCAACAACUUACACAGUGCAGACAUCUGCAGCAGCUGUCCUGAGACCUAGUGGCGUGGUGGCCACCAGUUCACCUGUCAAGUUCAACCCUGUUGUGGUGGUGGAUCCCUCACGUUCAAGUUUGCCUGUCCAUUCCUCUUAUUUACAAGAAGGGAAAGAAAUUUUAGAUUCAAUAAAGGUAUCAGAACAAGAGGACUCGGCAGAGGAAGAAGAAAUGGGAGAGGCACACAAUUCUAAACCUCCUUCUGCCUCACAGGCUCUGAAGGGCCUAGACAAUUUUCAGCGGUAUGUUCAGGAUCAGAUAUCAGUCGGUGGAUUGACACCCACUCAAGACUCUGCUCCACCUCCCCCACCACCCCCUGCAGUGAGCAAACCGAGUGCCUCUCCACGACCAAGUAUAUUGCGGAAACGUGACAAUGAAGGGUCACCUAUGAAGGCUCAGAAGAACUUAACUCCGAUAUUGUCAUCACUUGGGGCGACACCAACAAGUGGGACAGCAUCAAAUUCUGGAUCUGGAAUUGGGGCCGGACCUCCAGUAUCUCCUCCUUCUCCUCGGCGCCCAGAUUCUAGAGGAGGGGGUGGAGGGAAUUCCUCAGGUGGUAGUACUACUAUCUCUGCCACUUCUUCACCAGGGUUAGGGGAAGCUUCUGAAGAGGCCACCCCGUUAACAGUGAAGCAAGAGGUCUGCGAAGAAGUUGUCGAAAGGCCUCCUCCAGAGAUGAGCCCGCGGAAGAAGCCUCGGAAGCAACAGUUAACUGGCAAUGAAUUGCACGAACCAAAGUUCAGUGAAGAUGAAAUGGAAUUCAUCUCAGAGGAAAGAAUAAAGAAGGAGGUGAAAGAAGGUAGGCUGAGGGAGGCGGAGGAAACAGUUUUACGUAUUUCCAUUCCACCACCUGAAGAACACAUAGAGAAACCUCCACUUCCUCCAGCACGACGGCGAGGCCUUACACUCCUUGCUGGGUAUAGGCACAAUUGGAAAUCUCGGCACAACCACUAUGUAAGAUAUAGUGAUGUACGGCCAAAAGAUGAACGAAGACCCACUGUGUCAGAACUUGCUGCUCAAAAACAAGUUCUCCAGAAGCUGGAAGGCUGGAAAGUUCACCAUUUGAGCACUCAAAUGGAGGAAUUGUCUGAGUUGGAGCAACAGGUUUCUGAAAGACUAACUGGAAUUCUUAAGCUCAUGGAAAAGAGAAUGGGAAAGGAACUUGAGAAAGACAUAAAUCGAAUAAAUGAACUUAUUAAGGGUAACAUGCAGCGUAGUAAAGUGACUUCUGAUCAAAUGCAGGAAGCAAAAAGUCAAGUAAUGAAGAUAUUUGAACAUAAGAAUCACGUUGCAGAUAUAAUUAAUCGAUCAGGAAAUAAACGAUCCUUAAAAAAACGUGAGAAAUCGUAAAAGAAAAACUAUAGUAAUUAUGUAUGUAAGUAGCUAUGAGUGUUAGAAAAUGUGAUGCUGACUGUACUGGAAGUGAUUGCUUUCAAUGUUGCAAGGAUUUUAAUCAGAAGAAUUAAGAGAGUGUGAAAAAAGUUUAUUCAUCGUUCUGAAGAAUACAAGACUCGUUGAAAGAUUAUUGAAAAUUUGAGUCAGUAUUGUGCAGAAUCGACAACUAAAAUAGUGCAAUUUACCAAGAUAAUUAAUUUGUUUAUGCAUUGAAAGGCUGUCUGUAAGAUCUGAAAAUCAUUGUUUAUCAAGAUUUGCUAUCUACUUCUGAAAUAAAUGGUAAAUAUAUCUUAAAGUUCCUGUAUUGCAAAAUUACAGAAUGUGUGCAGCGAUGUCUUAACACCUCAGUUUGUAUUUUAUAAGCAAACUUUAACAAGCUGAAAGUAGAUGUAAACAUUUCACUGAACUUAUUAAUUCCACAAGUUUUCCCACAGAUUCAAGUAACCUGUGUUCAUUUAAUUUCCUUUUGUAUUCAUUGUAGGAAUCUUCAGAAAUUUUGUUUGGAGCCUACUGAUAAUUGCAACAUAAUGCUAAGAAGUUGCGUUUGCUUAUCUAAGUUUGUAAAUAUCCACAGGAUUCUGAUUCAAUGAAUGGAAACUUGUAGUAAAUGGCUGUGUCCAAAUGGCUCCAGAGAAAAUACUCAAAGUAAUGGAAUGAGUCGUAUAGUAAUUGGACUUUCUAGACAAAGUGUGACAGUUUAUGUUAUGUCAUUGGUAUUUACUUUUUACAUUGUUAUUGCCACAGAAAAUGAAUGUAGGAAUUUGGAUCUGGAUAAGAUGGGAAAGAUUUUCACCUUAAGGAAAAAGAGGCAAUGUCCGUUCCCCUUCCCCUCACUUUUUCAGAAAAAAUUGAAGUAAUGGAUUGUGAGAGACUUGUUGAUGUUUGAUGUGCAUAAUUCCCAACCACAUUGUGAAUAGUGAAAGGUUUACUAAUACUGAGGACAAAUAUCACUACUUUUUCUCUUUUGAGUUGUUUUCCUUCAUGAAAUUACAAGUCUUUUUCAGAAGUAGAUUUUAUGGAUUUUAAAGUAUUUAAUUUAUUUAUUAAGUGGAAGACUGCAUUAUAAUACCCUGCAGUUAAUAUGGUGGAAAAAACAUGCAUGCGCAAAUAAAUUAAGAUACAUAUGUUUUGUUCAAUUUGGUAUACUACACACCACAUGGAAGACUGUCACAAGUCAUAACAAGCAUUUCUGUAAAAGCAUUUAAAGGUACUGAGCCAAUAGGAAGAAUUCCAAAUAUUACUUUAGAAAAGUGAAAGAAUGUGAUGUAUGACAAACUUACAACACUCUUUUGUAAAUAUGACAUAAAAUACAACACUUCUGAUGGUUUAUAUUUUAAAUGAAUGUGAUAAGAAAUAGCAAUUUUUUCAGAAAUAACUCAAUACAGGGAUUUCUUAGCACCAAAUAACCCAGAACUGCUUUUUUUUGAUUUGUAGCAAUCUUCCAACAGGAAUGCAACAUGUAAAAUGUUCACAUCCUUCUUCCAAAGUUGAAGGUAAAAUGACAGCAUUUCAGUGUAAGCCCUUUGUAUUGUAGUGAGACUACAGUAAAGGAGCUUAAAUGUAUAAAAUAUAUUUUAGGGAAUAGGUCAUUCAAUGCAAGAACUGUUACGUGGAACACUAAAAGAUGUUGGCUUGUGAUUUUGUGUCUAAGAGUAUUAUGUAGUGUGUCAACAUUUGAAGAAACUUAAACAAGACAAUUCUGUAUUGCCAUGUACUGUGUAAAUUAAACUAUUUUUCCAUUUGUAUGUGGGUCUACCCAAUAUUAAUUACUGGAUGUUUUAUAUUUUGUGGAAUAUUCCUGUUAUUUGGAUACAGUGUGUACUACAAAGAAUUUGACAAUUUCAUGAAUUGGAAGGGGGGGGAGGAAUAAAUCUUCCCAAUACCAUCAGAUAGUGUAAACAUACAUGCUGUGUGUGGUCAGUGUCUUUUCUUACCCAAGAAGGCCACUUUCUGAAAAAACGGGAAAUCUCAGGGAAUUUCAUUGCUCUGGAAACGUCCGAGAAAAUCAUGAGACCUGUAAAACUAGAUAUUAUUCCUUAAAGACAGUUCAGCAUAGGUUAUUGAUAGAAUUUUUAUUUGUACUUGUGUGUCAAAUUUGUGAGUUUUUUGAGAAAAUAUUGUUUAUUUGUACUUUGUCACAGUGAAGCAUGACAGCCAUUGCACUGCAUUAUCUUCAGCACGGGGAAAUUAGUGUUAGUACCACAUCGAACUAAAAAAGAUGAUUCGAACUAAACACUGUCAAUAAAAGCAAAAUUAAUCUCCAAAACAUCCUGAAACAAUGUUCUUGGAAUUUCCAAAACACCCAAUAAACAUAUGGAUUUGUCAAAUUUACACAUACAAACUUAAUAUGAAAACUGUUUGUCCCACAUGUAAAGAGACAUUUUAAAAAAUGGUAACUUUUUGAUGAAAAUGAUCACUGUAACAAAAAUGUUUUUAAAAUGGUCUACAUUCAAUUAAAUUUCAUAAAGCAGCCGGUGACACACAAGCUUUAUGCCCUUUUGAUCUCUGCACUAUACAACUCUUCUCUUUUCCUCAAAACCUCUGUAAAAUUACAAUUAUUGGCAUGUUCCUUGUGGCCCUAACAUCGUGAAAAACCCUCGCCAGUACCAGGAAAGUAUUAUAUCGCAUUUAAUGUUGGGUUUCUCGUACAAAAUGCACGGCUAAUCUCGCAGUUCGUCCGACGAUUUCUCAUAUAGUUACUAUCUCAGACUAUAAUAUAUCAGUAUUGAAUAAAUGAGAAUAAAAUAUUCUACUAAAUACAAGGGUAAACACAUACAAAACAAAAGAUAGCCCAUCCACAGCGUAAUCUACAUUUUAACUGGCAUACGUGUUCUUUUAUUUAAAUGCAUCGGAAGUCUAGAUAUUGGCUACCAGAAAUUCAAGGAAACUAUAUUAUAUAACCAACCGCUGUUAGUAUAAUCAAAGCUAUGAGCUGGCUGAGAUUCUACACACUGCGUAAUAACCAAUAACGGCCUCCGGUACAGUUCUCAUUUACUGUAUCAUUCCGCCUUUAAAAAUAGUUAUCUUACAACUAAAUUCACUUCAAUCAUAAGAUGGCGAUUAUAAAAUAAGUACCUAAUUUUUAAAAAGCACAAUUAUUUUAUUUUCCGGAGAAGUAUGUGAAACUUUCUCGAGGUUCAGGUUAGUUGCCCAGGUUAGUAACGAUCUGAAAACGAGCGUCCCAUCGCAGGUUAAUAAGGAAUCCGAGUGCGUGAUGGCGAGUGAAGCGAACUGAAGCUGAUCAGAACGAAUCUUGUUGAACUGCGUGUGGUACAGUCCGUGAAUCUACAAGAAUCGACUCACAAAUAUAAAUUUUGAAAAUUAAUUUGUGACGCAAGUUAAAAUAAUUUUUACAAUGGACUAUACUCCUAAAACGGGAAAGAAGCGUAGUGCAAUAUGGCAUUUUUUCACCCCGUCAGGAAUCAACAGAGCAAAGUGCGAUACUUGUACUGCUGCAAUUUCCAUAAGUGGGGGUUCGACCGCGAAUUUAAUUCGUCAUAUUCGCAAAAAACACCCGGAAUUUUAUGUCUCAACAAUUCGACCGAAAAGCGAAGUGAAAAGUGAGUUGGCAACAAUCAUUCUUGCACCUUCAGAUGAUAAAGUUCCAACGAUUUCUCACAUUGAGGAAGUUCAUGACGGUGUACAAGACGUUGUUCAAGAAGUAAUUCAUGGUGUUGUUGACGAACACAGAACAGGAAGCCCCGGACCGCCUUCUCCAGAUGGGAACCCAACAGGCCCUACAAUAGCAGCAGUUUCCCGACCAAGUUGGAUUUACAACACUAAAGGUCCAGAAAUUGUAAGAGACAUACUUGUUGUGUUGUUUGUUCUUGAUGCACCUGCAGUUGUUGCUGAAGCAAAACUUAGACUAUAUAAUUUUGGCAAUAUGAAUUUUGGGAAGAAACAUCUUGCAAAAUUGCUCAUUGACAUGUGUAAAAGCAGUAAUUUAUCUUCCCAUGAAUUUUCUGCUUUUGGUAUCAAUGUGAUUCGACAAUUUAAUGCUUGUGAAUGUGAUGGUGGGCAACGCAUUUUGAAACAUGAUUGUGAGUUCCUAAGAUUCAUGGAGUUCUGUAAAAUGAUCAGAGAAAGUGAUGAUGAAAAUUUUGUAGAGUUAGUUAGUAAUUAUUGUUGGAUUGAAUCAGAGGAUAUGGACUAUUUCAUUUUCAAGUGAAUAUUCAAAUUAGUUGUUUACAGAAUCCAUGGAGCAUGUGUUUGUUGUACUGUAAUAAAUCAUUAUGUAACGAACGAUAGUGUUUCUAAAGUCUAAUCCCUACCUGAAUAAUUCCUAUCACCAAGAAUUAAGUUUAUUGUGGUUUUCUCAUAUGUGAAUAAAAACCUCAAGCUCCCUCACUAAGAAGAGCUUCAGCC